GUCAAAUUAUGUUACUUGAAUCAACUUAUUACUAGCAUCACGUACAGUUAUUACAAUGGCGUUCAGUUUAGCCGCUUUUUCAUAUAUCGUGGCCUUAAUUGUAGAUGCUGUUUUAAUCAUUUUUGCAAUAUUUCAUGUUAUUGCAUUUGAUGAAUUAAAAACUGGCUAUAAAAAUCCGAUUGAACAAUGCAAUAGUUUAAAUUCGCUAGUUAUUCCAGAAUAUGGAUUACACAUUUUAAUCAACAUUUUAUUUCUAAUUAGUAGUCAAUGGUUUGCAUUGCUUUUAAACAUGCCAUUGAUAAUAUAUCACUUGUGGCAAUAUUAUCAUAGACCUAUCAUGUCUAAACCAGGUCUUUAUGAUCCUACUAGUAUAAUGAGUGCUCAAGCUCUUAAAAUUCAUCAAAGGGAAGGAUGGAGUAAACUUAUAUUUUAUCUUUUAUCAUUUUUUUACUAUUUAUAUGGGUAA